AUGUCUUCCAGUGCUCGAGAGCGGCUAUAUCACGCGUCUUUACUAAGCACUAAUGCACAACGAGGGACACCAUAUCCAUGCAGCCAGAGAGAUAUCAAUGCCACCGAGCAAUUUUCUCAUCACAAUGAACGUCCAUUCGUGAGUGCUAGCCGGGCAAGCCGAGAGAUCAUCGAGCACAACGAUCAAAGAAGAUCGCCUUCAGCCUGCGAGCAAGACGCCAUCAGAUGCCUCGCACGUGCUUUGGACGAGGCUGAGUCAGGCCCUUGGGGUCCGGAUCUGAUCAUCAAAUGCUUCUGUGAUCUCGACACCGUCUUCUUCGGGGGCGUACUCCGAGGGAACGUUCGCGUUGGUUGGGGAAGUGCCCACGAAUUGGCAAUGUUAGAGGAAGCCCUUCGCGACAACUACGGCAUCACAAUCCACACGCAGCCUGGGCGCGCAGAUAUCUUUCUCAAUGCCAGAGGUAUCUUCUCAAAUCCAAAUGCUGCUGUCAGUCUCUUCAGGGCUAUAUUCUCUACAAUGCUACAUGAGAUGUGUCACGCCUUUGAAUUCGUACGAGUCAGACCCGAUGAACAUGAACGUGACGGGCACGGUCCACAAUUUGGAAGCAGAAUCCAUGCUGUAGACAGAAGAGCGAACGAACUACUUGGCCUCGAAGCAGUUGAAGCGUGGGAAUUCUAUCGCCGCUGCCAUACUGGGGGUCGUGCUGUGGAUAGGGAAGGUCGUCGUGGAUUCCGCGUAUAG